AUGAGUACACAGCAACAAUUGCAAGCUACACCACCCGAAAGCUUUACAAGUUCGCCACCCACGCCUCCUCAGACUGAGGAGAAGACUUUGACAUCUAUCUUACAAAUUCUUGCAGAGAGCGGUAGUCCUUCAGCAAUCUUUGCAGGAAACAUGGAAAACAGCACCUCUGCAGAUGUAGUCUCUAAGGAUGCUGAAUAUGGUUCAUAUCAGCCAGACGCCUCGUUCCAACAUUUUGACGCACAGUAUCCAGGCGUUAUCCUUGAGUUGUCCUACUCGCAAAAGAAGAAGGAUCUGUCACGUUUAGCAGAUGCAUAUAUUCUUGGGUCAGAUGCCUAUAUUUGUGUCCGUCCACAUGUUGGAGUCGAUGCUAUAGGAGAGAAAGAAUUGUCUAUUAUGCAGACAGUUACAGACCAGCUCUUCCGCGAUGAAGAAGGAAGGCUUGUUCUCAAUUCGCAAGCCAGCAUACAACUGCAACUCCAGGAUUUUGCUACUGGAGCAUUUGCUGAGAAAUUAACUGAUCUUACCCAAAGCAUACACAUCCUGGCAGAAACUUUCUUCUCGUUCUUCCAGCGUGCUGAGACUAAAGCAAGAAGAAUGAAGCUAGGGGAAGGACUAGUCAGGAGCUCCACACCUUGGGUGAAAAAACGGCGCAGAGACAGUACACCACCAGAGCAGCUUGAUUCAGACAGGGAAAGCAGAUUCAACAAGCAGGAGCAGAAGACAGCAAAGAAGGCUAUGAUGGAUAAUAUUUCUUACAAGACCAGCUCUUCGGAGGCAGAACUAGAAUGA